GCACUGAUUCAAUUGAAGGCACAGUCUUAGAUAUGUCGAAAAUAAGAGACCUUCAGUUAAGUUUUGGAGCCUUUGCAAAUAUGUCCAAUCUUAGAUUGCUGAAGUUUUAUACUCCUAAGAUUUACAAAGUGUUUGUGAAUUUCUCUAAAGUACAUCUUCAGUUUGAGGAUUUUUCUAAAGUGCAUCUUCCUCAUUGUCUGAAAUAUCUUCUAGAUGAGUUGAGGUAUCUCCAUUGGGAGGGAUACCCUUUGAAAAGAUUGCCAUCAAAAUUUAAUAUAAAGAAACUUGUUGAACUUAAAUUGCCUUAUAGUAAGGUGGAGCAACUUUGGAAAGGAACUAAGGUGUGGAAUGAUUCAAUCAUUGCUAGAGCUUCCUCUACGUGUACUACUUUUAGAUGCAAGGAAUUGCAAGAAGCUCCAAUCAUUGCCAGAGCUUCCAUCACACCUAGAAGAAUUAAAUACAGAUGAACUGGAG